AUGACAGCUAAACCAGCGCACACACACAAAAAAAAAAUGGAGGAGAAAAGAAAAAUGCCGGGUUUGUUCCUGCAUAUCGCCGCCGCUCUCCUUUUCCUCCUCACGGCCGCUUCGACCGCCGGCGCUUCCACUUAUUACGCCUCGGAUCCCAACCUCGGAUCCGCCCGCGUCGUCUUCCAGUUAAAUCAUGGUGACAUUGAAUUCGGCUUCUUUCCUCAUGUUGCACCUAAGACAGUUGAACACAUUUUUAAACUUGUGCAGCUUGGAUGCUAUAAUACAAAUCACUUCUUCCGGGUUGACAAGGGUUUCGUUGCGCAAGUUGCCGAUGUCAUGGGAGGUAGAAAAGCCCCUAUGAAUAAAGAGCAGGAACAACAGGCAGAGAAAUCAAUUGUUGGUGAAUUUAGUACUGUCAAGCAUGUCAGAGGAAUACUCUCAAUGGGAAGGUAUUCUGACCCAGACAGUGCCUCCUCUUCCUUUUCUAUCCUCCUUGGUGAUGCUCCCCACCUUGAUGGCCAGUAUGCUGUAUUUGGGAGGGUGACUAAGGGUGACGAUACAUUAAGAAAACUAGAGCGCCUGCCAACCCAUAAAGAAGGCAUUUUUGUAAUGCCAAUUGAGCGCAUUGAGAUUCUGUCGACAUACUAUUAUGAUAUUGAUGUAGAGAGCUGUGAAGCAGAGAAGUCUAUUCUCAAGAGGAGACUUUCUGAAUCAGCAUCAGAAGUUGAGAGAUGGAGACGAAAAUGCUUCGCAUGA